UUUACUUAUUUUACUCAAUAAUGGAUGUGAUAUAAAAUAGCAAUGUUCAACAUUUGAAAAAAACAUACUAUUUUAUUUACGUUUAUUUUACGUACUAUUUAUUAAAUUUUUUUGUCUCUAAAUCUAAAGAUGUAAAACUGGCAGUCUGAUCAAGGCCUACCUUUCCUCUCAUCAAGCCAGUGCUCCCACAGUCAGUGAACGCAGCACGGUUUAACAAGGCCCAGUGCUUCAAAGUCAUUUGUCUUCCCUGAAUUGGACUGACUGGAUUGGACGGCCGGGGGUUCCUCCCACAAACACACAGUGGCGUUACGAAGUUAUAAAAAAGGAAAAGAAAAAAAAACAUGCGGGGCUAAAAAGAUGCUGUCAUAACAAUCCUAAAGUAUUUGGUAUAAAAUGUGGAAAAAACAUAGAAGAAGCCUUUAUGGACAUGCUAGACAGUUGUCUGUCAGAACUGACACGGAUUAAAAAUAAUAACAAUAAUAAUAAUAAUAGUACACUAAAUAUCUUUAUAUUGUUUAUUUUAUGUUUAAUGAGUAUAUGAUUAGCCAGUCGUAUCAAAAUUGACACCCACUAAUUUGGCAUAUAUUUGGUUUCCAUUUUCAACUUUUCCGCUUCCCAAAAAGACAUUAGAAACUUGGGCAGCAGAUGAGGCUCAUGCUCGGUCCACGCGAAUGAAAAAUAAUGGCGGUUGCGUUCACACAGAGCAGGGGGGGGAAAUGUGGAUGUUUCUGCGAGGCGAAAUGGUUGGAUGGAGAGGAGCCGAUGAGCGCUGAAUGGAGGGAGACGGCGAGAGAGAUGGAGGCGGGGGGAAGGACCAUCUCUGCGGGGACUGGAGCCCAGGACCGACGGCGCAGUGCUGGCUAUCGUUCAACCCUCCCCUUCCUCCUCCACAGCUACGCCGAAGGCUCAUGCCGAGAGACAGGUAAGACAGCACAACAGCCGCUCGGUUUCAUAAAACAGUGCGAUUUGUACGAUAAAAUGCAAAAAAUAACAAAAAGCCAAAACACGGAUAAUUAAUUUGUUGUUGUAGUACAUAGCGACACGGUCGGUAUACUUUUUCUGGUAGCGAAUAAACCGACCGCUGUGGCAGCGAACAGACGAGGUCGGCCAUACCCCGAGUAUCGUCCUCUACAGCGGGAUGAGUGUGGACGUAAGACCCGGGGGUUAAAUGUGAUUGUUUUUAAUGAAACUGCAACCCAGGUAACGCGCUGAGCUCACUGCUUCCAUCGAAACUCGAGCAUUCGUGCUGUAACCGGAUUAUUUGCGUGGUGGAAUUACCGUUGGGUUUCCGCGCCGAGACCUCCAUGCGGCUGUUGGCGGUACAGCCAGCCGCCUCUCUCGGUCAGCCAUCAGGGAUCUCGGUUUAAUAUCUCACCGCGCAGAGACUCGCCCUCUCUCUCCCCCUCUCUCUCUCAGCGAGUACAGCUUCACCGACGACCCAGCGCGGAGAACCCGCCUUCCUGUCCUCGCUUAUGUGCUUGUUUUUUUGUACCGAGAGAAAGGGAGUCCGCAACGCCCAGAGCUUUAAGGUUCAGGCUGGGUUUUCCGAGUUUGCAGUGCGCCAUUGGACCUUGUCACGAUAGAAGUACAACCACAAAUGAAUGGAGAAAUGGAGGCAUCCACUCAAAACCAAGUUUGGCAACAGGAGGACCUUUUAAGACUGCUGGAGUCCAUGAAAGUGGCCCUGCCCCAGAAAGACCUGACUAAAUACAAGACAUCAGAGGCCCACCUCGACUGGCAGAAGGUGGCGUUCAAUUCCUACACAGCUGAGAUGUGUAAGCAGAAAUGGCUGGAGGUCUCUAAGGAGAUUCGUAAAUUUAGGACUCUGACAGAACUGAUCUUUGAUGCUCAAGACUACAUAAAGAACCCCUACAAGGGCAAGAAAAUCAAGAAACAUCCGGAUUUCCCCAAGAAGCCUUUGACUCCAUACUUCCGCUUCUUCAUGGAGAAGAGGGCCAAGUACGCAAAGUUGCACCCUGAGAUGAGCAACUUAGACCUUACUAAAAUCCUCUCCAAAAAGUAUCGGGAGUUGCCUGACAAAAAGAAGAAAAAGUAUGUUGACGACUUCUUAAGAGACAAAGAGUCAUUUGUGCAAAGCAUGAUGAAGUUCAGGACAGACCAUCCAGACCUUAUGGAGAGCAUGACAAAGAAGGGUUCAAAUGUCCCAGAGAGGCCCAAGACACCCCAACAGCUGUGGUACAACCAUGAAAAAAAGGCUUUCCUCAAAAUACACCCAGAUGCGACCACCAAAGACAUUAAGGACAGUCUUGGCAAACAGUGGACACAGCUGUCUGACAAAAAAAGACUCAAGUGGAUCGCAAAGUCUCUGGAGCAGCAGAAACAAUACAAGGAAACAAUGCAGGGCUACAUCCAGCAGCACCCAGAAUUAAACAUGACCCAGGAGGAUAUUGUGAAGUCCACCCUGACAAAGGCUGAAAGGCACCUGAAGGACAAAUCUGACGGUCGCCCUGACAAACCACCACCAAAUGGUUACUCGAUGUUCUGCGCCGAGUUGAUGUCGAGCAUGAAGGACGUACCCAGCACUGAGCGCAUGGUGAUGUGUAGCCAGCGGUGGAAGCUGCUCAAACAGAAUGAGAAGGAUGCCUAUCAGAAGCGCUGUGAACAGAGGAAGAAGGAAUAUGAAAUUGAGAUGAACAGAUUCCUCAGUAGUUUGUCAGUGGAGGAACAGCAGCGGGUCUUGGGCGAGGAUAAGAUAGGUUUGAGAAGGGGUGGUGGAGCCGGCAGUCCUGCCGCCAAGAAGAGAAACGCUAGAGCAAAGGCUUCACCAGAAAAACCUAAAAGGCCCAUCUCAGCCAUGUUCAUCUUUUCUGAGGAAAAGCGCCCUAAGCUACAGCAGGAGCGUCCAGACCUCUCUGAUAGUGAGCUCACAAGGCUGCUGGCACGCAUGUGGAACGAACUGCCAGAUAAGAAGAAGGAGAAAUAUAAACGCCUGGAAACAGUUCUUAAGGCCGAGUCUGAGAAGAAAGAGAAGGAAGAUCGUAGUCGUUUGCCCGACCCUCCCAAGACUGCUCAGGACAUCUGGCAACAGAGUGUCAUCGGAGAUUACCUGGCAAGAUUUAAGAGUGACCGUCCAAAGGCACAGAAGGCAAUGGAAGCAACCUGGAGCACAAUGGAGAAAAAAGAGAAGAUAAUGUGGAUCAAAAAGGCAGCAGAGGAUCAGAAAAGAUAUGAGAGAGAGCUUUGCGAGAUGCGCUCACCUGCUGCUGCCGCCAUUGCCUCAGGGAAGAAAAUGAAGUUUGAGGGUGAACCCAAGAAGCCCCCAUCAAACGGAUAUCAGAAGUUCUCUCAGGAGAUGUUGUCCAACGGAGAGCUGAAUCAUCUCCCAAUGAAGGAGCGCAUGACUGAGAUAGGCAGCCGCUGGCAGAGAUUGCCGCUGAAGGAUAAGGACCGCUACAAGAAGAUUGCUGAGGAAAAACAGAGGCAGUAUAAAGUCAUAUUGGAACAGUGGCUCGCUAGCUUAUCUUCACAAGAGAGAAACACUUACAAAGAAUAUAAUUCACAAAAAAGAAGAACAACCGCAAAACCAGGAGGCCCAAAGGCGAAGGCCAAGAAAUCGGACACAGAGGAGGAGGAGGAGGAAGAUGACGAUGACGACGAAGAGCAAGAAAAGGCUUCCUCUGAAGCAGAUUCAUCCAGUGAGGAUGAGGAAGAUGACGAUGAUAAGGAUGAGGAUGAUGAUGAGGAGGAGGAUGACGACGAUGAGGCAGAGGACAAGGAGAACAAGUCAGAAGACAGCAGCAGCGAGUCAAAUUCAGGGGGCUCGUCAGACUCUGAUUCAGACUGAAAAGAAGCCGACAUCACCCAGAGACUGAGCAGCGCUGAGCUGAGCCAAGAGUCCAGGGAGCUCUGCCACUGUGCCAACCCUGCUCUCCUCCCACCACCAGAGGGAGCCCCUGUAUUGCCUCAUCCAUUUCACACUCAUCCGCUUUAUAUUGCCAUGUUGGUGGUCUGUACUCACAGAGAGACUUUGCCUUUAUGUCCAAAGUCUGUUUCAUUCCCUCCCUGUUGUGAGGGGCUGCUGACAUAAUGCCAAAAACAGCAUCCCACUGGUUUGGUGAUGUCAUGAACAUUUCUGCCACAGGUUUCAAUCUUGACCUAAAAGGUAAUUGGUUUAACUUUAGAGUUUUAAUGUCAGGGGCCCGGGGGUAAUUACCCUCCAGUGUCUCUUCUCUUAUUUGGAUUAAUAGUUUGGCAUGAGAUGUGAACUGGCUUUGUGGAGCCAAAGAAUAUUAAGAACGGGGGAUCACUUUAUGAAGGGAGGGGGUUGCAGGGCACUGAAAAAUUGCACUCUUGAGAAUGUUUCCUUUUUAAUUUUUUUUUUUUUUCCAGAACAUUGUUGCUUUGUAUCUCAAUUUGUGAUGUAGGUUUUAUCAUUUGGUUCUUAAAGAGGUGGUAUUUUUUCAGGAAAAAAAUUAAGCCAUUAUGAAUGUCCUUUUUGUUUUUGUUGCUGGAACGUUUCAGAACUUUUUUCCUCACCCCUGUUCUCAUUUGAAAGAUGCAGUGCUUAUAAAUUGUUCAAUCCCCUUGACCAUGAUUUUAUUUUAUUUUUAUUAUGCUGAACCGAAGACAAUGUAAUGAGGCUUUUUGACACCACAUAACAGAUAAAGAAUCCUUUUUAAAAGGAAUAGUGGGAAAUGGGUCACGUUAUUUGCUGUACUUUGGACUGUACCCGGCUGGGUGUAGUCAGAAGUGCAGCAAACACUUUGAACACAUGGCUGUAACUCACUUAGUUCGUGUUUUACUCUUUCAGACCGUGAGCUGAAAGAAUGUCCAAAAUUGUGUUUUUAGGAAUUCCACAAAGAAAACAAAUGUAUCUGAAUGAGUAGAUUACUUGUGUUUUAAUCCCCUCGAUGUUCAGUGGAAUAUCUUUGUUCAUGUCAUGCAUCUUUUUGAUUUGGGUUUGAUUUAGCAGUCAAGUAAUUGGUUUUCCUUCCUGUCAUUUGCAGACUCUUCUGUCCCUGCAUUCUUCCCAUGCAUUUAAUGUUUAAGUAAACUUGGUUCAGUUUGUCUUGUUUCGCUGUAGUUUUCAUUUGAAGAUUAACACAAAAAGCUGCGGAAGCAUUCAGAUGGGAAACUCUGUUUUAUAGGCCAUGUUUUAUUUAGUCUUUAUGUCGUAAAACAGUUGGUUGAUGUUGGUCAAGUAGUUUUAAGUGUUAGUGUCAAAAAGCCUUUCAUGUACUUGCUGCGCUUCAGUGUUUCAAAAUCAAAAGGCUCAACGGUGGUUAAAUACUGUAUAUAGGCACUGCAUGUCCUAGAUCCAUUUUUUCCCCCCUUUCAAGAUGUCUUGUAGUGUAAAUAUUCAGCAGUAUGAAAACAAUCCUGUUUGAUUCAGUUUCAUCUGGUGUGAGGGUGACAAACUGUUUUUACAUUGACAGUUUAAACACUUUGUUCUCCACUUGUUGAAAUCAAUCUGACUGAGCUGACUUGUUUUUAUAGAGUGUGUCACAGUUGGCAUAUGUCUCCUCUUGGAAACAUCGAUUUACAUUUCAUUCACAGUUUAUUUGAAUUGUUAAUAGGUUUGUUUAUUUGUGAGCAGUUGUGUUCUCAGCCACCUGGUAUCAUUUGUGGACUGUAUGGUUUUCAAAUAUUUUUUUAUUCUAAAUUUCAAUGGUUUUGACUUCAAUCUUCCUGGGUUUAUUAGUUUGUUGCUUAUCCAAAAAGAGUGUGCACUUAUUGUAAAUCUGCCCCUCUGUGUAAGUUUGUGUGCAUGCAUGCACAGAACUAUGUAUAUAUGGGGGUGUAUUUUCUUGUUUUGCUUUAAUGUUUGCUUUUUUUGCUGUUUUUGUUGCAUAUACCAUAAUAUGACUGCAGCGUGCAGGUAUGUGCCUGUGGGAGGACGUCAUACAACACCAUGAAUGUAGAUAUUGUUAAUUUUUUUCCUCUCCAAAGUUGUUGAGUAAUUUGUCUUGGCGCUGUCAAUUUCUACGAGAAUGGACAAAUUAAUAGACUUCCAUUGCUGUCAUUUUAAGUCUGCAGUCAAAUGAAUACAUGGCAACUAUUAAUCUGUUAGUGAUGAACUGAUAUUAAGCAAUCUCAUCUCAAACUGAAAUAAAACCAGCGUGGACUAUUUAAAUAAUUUGGGUAGGGGAUUGAUUGAAGUCUGUAAAAGGGAUUUGGGGGAACCGCGUUGGCAGUGAAAUUGGGCUUAAAAAAGAAGAAAGAAACUUGUAAUUUUUUGUAAAUACUGUUUUUGUAUUGAGUGCUUAUUGUUUAGUACCUCAAUUUGGCAAACCCUCAUCUGUGAUUUCACUCUGAGGGGGAGAAUUUUUUGUUCUAGUCACCUGUUGUUUCUUCUCUCCCUUUUGUUGGUUUAUAGAGAUAUCGAAGACAGCAAAGCUUUACAAGUUUGUACUGCUGAUCAUUUGACAAAAUUUGAUGUUUUCUAUAGCUGAGGGUGCUCUUAUGUCCUUGUAGUUCAAGUAUUUGGGCAAAUAAAAGAAAUCUUUAACAGUU